CAACGAUUCCCCAACUCCCCUCCCCUCUCCCCUUCCCCACUCGAUGGAACCGAUGCCCCGGUCCCCUCGUCCUCCACUAUCCCCACCAUCACUUACUCCGCAUCUAUUCCAUUCCUAAUUCCGCCCCCCGCCCCCCCUCCCCUCCUCCCCCACUCCUCUUUAUUCUUAAUUUCUUAUUCCACUCCCCCCUCCCUCCUAUGCCUCCAACCCUAACCCUAGAAAUCGCACUUAGCUUCCCCUCUCUUCUUCGCCUUCCUCCUCCCCUGCCGUCGCCGCCGCAAUGCCGUCGUUGGAGCUCUGGUUCCCCGCCUCCUCCCCCUUCCCCGAGGAACCCGCCUUCUUCGGCGCCGGAGGCCUCUUCCUCGACCCCUCCGUUCCCAACUCCCUCCUCUGCUCCGUCUCCUCCUCCACCGCCUCCGAUUCCUCUGCUUCUUUCGUUAGAUUGGGCUCUCCGUCGUGUUCCCGGCGCACGCCCUUCGUUUUGGGGCGGCGCGGAUCGAAGGGCGGCAGCGCGUUCUUGUCUGUGAGCUUGUCGGUUAAGGGCCGCGAGGGUUUCGUGCGGGAGUCGGUGGAGUUUUUGGGGCAGAGCGGGGAGAAGAGCUCCGAGGAGGCGGCAUUGGAGGGGAAGGAGGAGAGUGAACUUAGCGUGGAGGAGGAUGAGAAGAAGAAGAAGAAAAAGUUGACGGUUAGAGCUCGAGGAGGUGCCGUGAACACCACGAAGCAUUUGUGGGCAGGAGCGGUGGCUGCGAUGGUUUCGAGAACAUUUGUGGCUCCUCUUGAGAGGCUAAAGUUGGAAUACGUAGUUCGAGGUGAGCAGAGAAAUCUUUUCGAACUUAUCCAUAAAAUUGCAACCACAGAAAGGUUGAAAGGUUUCUGGAAGGGGAAUUUCGUCAACAUUCUUCGCACUGCUCCAUUCAAGGCAGUGAACUUCUAUGCGUAUGAUACUUACAGAAAACAGCUGCUUAAACUGUCUGGUAAUGAAGAAACAACGAACUUUGAGAGGUUCCUUGCAGGUGCUGCCGCUGGCAUAACUGCCACCAUAAUAUGUAUACCAAUGGACACGAUUCGGACAAAAAUGGUAGCUCCUGGUGGUGAAGCUUUAGGCGGUGUUAUUGGUGUUUUCCGCCACAUGGUCCAAACCGAAGGGUUCUUCUCUCUUUACAAGGGACUAGUGCCUUCUCUUAUUAGCAUGGCUCCAUCUGGUGCCGUUUUCUACGGUGUAUAUGAUAUAUUAAAAGCAGCUUAUCUGCAUUCUCCAGAAGGAAGGAAACGAUUGGCUUUGAUGAAGCAACAACAACGUGAAGAAGUGAGCGCACUAGACCAACUAGAGUUGGGUCCUAUGAGGACUUUACUAUAUGGAGCCAUUGCCGGGUGUUGUGCAGAGGCUGCCACAUAUCCUUUCGAAGUGGUGAGAAGGCGGUUACAAAUGCAAGUCAAAGCAACCAAAAUGAAUGCAUUUGCGACGGCUCUUAAGAUUGUGGAGCAAGGUGGAGUUCCUGCGCUAUACGCUGGCUUGAUUCCCAGCUUGUUGCAGGUUUUGCCGUCUGCCUCCAUUAGCUACUUUGUAUACGAGUUAAUGAAGAUAGUUCUAAAGGUCGAAUGAAAUAAAACACAGAUUUGUUGCCCUAUUGCUAUUUGGAAAGGGCUCUUACUCCUGUUACAUGAGCAACUAAUUAUUCUUUUCUUUUAAAAAAAAACUUGCUUCUUUAUGGAGAUUCUUCUCAAUGGACUGCAGUCAAAGGUAGUUAAAAAUGCCGUUGAAUUUGCAUCUGAGAUUGGUUUGAUUCACAGAAUUCUAACUGUAUAAAUUUAUUAUUCAGUUUCUUAAAAAAAUGCCCUGUGAAGAAUGAGCUAGAUUUU